GCGGGGCGGACCGCGGCUCUGACUUCCAACAUGGCGCACGCUGGCGGCGGCGGCGGCCCCGGGGGCCGGGGGCUGAGUGGCGCCCGCUGGGGUCGCUCGGGCUCCGCGGGCCACGAGAAGCUGCCGGUGCACGUGGAGGACGCCCUCACCUACCUGGACCAGGUGAAGAUCCGCUUCGGCAGCGACCCUGCCACGUACAACGGCUUCCUGGAAAUCAUGAAGGAGUUCAAAAGCCAAAGCAUCGAUACUCCGGGAGUCAUCCGCCGAGUCUCACAGCUCUUCCACGAACACCCUGACCUCAUUGUUGGAUUCAACGCUUUCCUUCCCCUUGGGUACAGAAUCGACAUUCCCAAGAAUGGCAAGUUAAACAUACAGUCGCCUCUGUCCAGCCAGGAGAAUUCGCACAACCACAGCGACUGUGCUGAGAACUUCAAACAACAGCUGCUGUACAAGGAGGACAAACCCCAGGUGCCCUUGGAGUCGGAUUCGGUGGAGUUCAACAACGCCAUCAGCUAUGUGAACAAGAUUAAGACCCGCUUUCUGGACCACCCUGAGAUCUACAGGUCAUUCCUGGAGAUACUGCAUACUUACCAGAAGGAGCAGCUGAGCACAAAGGGCCGGCCCUUCCGAGGCAUGUCUGAAGAGGAGGUGUUCACCGAGGUGGCCAACCUCUUCCGGGGCCAGGAGGACCUGCUCUCAGAGUUUGGACAGUUCCUGCCCGAAGCUAAGCGGUCCCUGUUCACAGGAAAUGGGCCCUGCGAAAUGAACAGUGUCCAGAAGAGUGAGCACGAGAAGAGCCUGGAACACAGCAAAAAGCGCUCCCGGCCCUCACUCCUCCGUCCUGUGUCAGCACCGGCCAAGAAGAAGAUGAAACUGCGUGGCACCAAGGACCUGUCCAUCGCCGCCGUGGGGAAGCACGGGACCCUGCAGGAGUUCUCCUUCUUUGACAAGGUGCGCAGGGUCCUGAAGAGCCAGGAGGUCUAUGAGAACUUUCUUCGCUGCAUCGCACUCUUCAACCAGGAGCUCGUGUCCGGCUCUGAGCUCCUCCAGCUCGUCAGCCCGUUUUUAGGGAAAUUUCCAGAACUUUUUGCACAAUUCAAGUCUUUCCUGGGGGUGAAAGAACUGUCAUUCGCCCCGCCCAUGAGCGACAGAUCUGGGGAUGGAAUAAGCCGGGAAAUCGACUAUUCAUCUUGUAAGCGCAUUGGAUCCAGCUAUCGGGCGCUCCCCAAAACUUAUCAGCAGCCCAAGUGCAGUGGGAGGACGGCCAUCUGCAAGGAGGUGCUGAAUGACACCUGGGUCUCAUUCCCGUCUUGGUCAGAGGACUCCACCUUUGUCAGCUCUAAGAAGACACCCUACGAGGAGCAGCUGCACCGCUGUGAGGACGAGCGCUUUGAGUUAGACGUUGUCCUGGAGACCAACCUGGCCACCAUUCGAGUGUUGGAAAGCGUGCAGAAAAAACUGUCUCGGAUGGCACCGGAAGACCAGGAUAAGUUCCGGCUGGACGACUGUCUGGGGGGCACGUCGGAGGUGAUCCAGCGUCGCGCCAUCCAUCGCAUCUAUGGGGACAAGGCUCCUGAGAUCAUCGAGAGCCUCAAGAAAAACCCUGUCACUGCUGUCCCGGUCGUUCUCAAAAGGCUGAAGGCCAAGGAGGAGGAGUGGCGGGAGGCCCAGCAGGGCUUCAACAAGAUUUGGCGGGAGCAGUACGAGAAGGCAUACCUCAAGUCCCUGGACCACCAGGCCGUGAACUUCAAGCAGAACGACACCAAGGCCCUUCGCUCCAAGAGCUUGCUCAACGAGAUUGAGAGUGUCUAUGAUGAGCACCAGGAGCAGCACUCAGAGGGCCGCAGCGCCCCCUCCAGCGAACCACACCUUAUCUUCGUGUAUGAGGACAAGCAGAUCCUGGAGGAUGCAGCCGCACUCAUCAGCUACUACGUGAAGCGGCAGCCAGCCAUCCAGAAGGAGGACCAGGGCACCAUCCACCAGCUGGUGCACCAGUUUGUGCCCAGCCUCUUCUUCUCCCAGCACCUGGACCUAGGGGCAUCUGAGGACUCUGCUGACGAGGGCCGGGGGAGCCCCCAGGGGCAGAGUGUGGAACCUGGUGACCGGAAGAAGCCGGCGCCUGGGCCACAGAGCAGCCCCCCGGUGGAGAAGGGGCCCACCGGCGAGGGCACCACCCCUGAGCAACAGCCACCACCGCCACCGCCACCGCCACCGCCUUUACCACCACCACCACACAAGCCCAUGGAUGACGUCUACAGCCUCUUCUUCGCCAACAACAACUGGUACUUCUUCCUGCGUCUCCACCAGACCCUGUGCUCCCGGCUCCUGAAGAUCUACCGCCAGGCUCAGAAGCAGCUCCUGGAGUAUCGGACGGAGAAGGAGAGGGAGAAGCUGCUCUGCGAGGGCCGUCGGGAGAAGGGCAGUGACCCCGCCAUGGAGCUGCGGCUGAAGCAGCCCAGUGAGGUGGAGCUGGAGGAGUACUACCCGGCCUUCCUGGACAUGGUGCGCAGCCUGCUGGACGGCAGCAUCGACCCCACGCAGUACGAGGACACGCUGCGCGAGAUGUUCACCAUCCACGCCUACGUCGGCUUCACCAUGGACAAGCUGGUGCAGAGCAUCGCGCGCCAGCUGCACCACCUCGUGAGUGACGACAUCUGCCUGAAGGUGGUGGAGCUCUACCUGAACGAGAAGAAGCGGGGCGCCGCUGGUGGGAACCUGUCCUCCCGCUGCGUCCGCGCCGCUAGGGAGACUAGCUACCAGUGGAAGGCUGAGCGGUGCAUGGCUGAUGAGAACUGCUUCAAGGUGAUGUUCCUUCAGCGCAAAGGGCAGGUGAUUAUGACCAUUGAGCUCCUGGACACCGAGGAAGCCCAGUCGGAGGACCCCGUGGAGGUCCAGCACCUGGCUCGGUACAUGGAGCAGUACGUGGGGACCGAGGGUGCGUCCAGCUCCCCCACCGAGGGCUUCCUCCUGAAGCCCGUGUUCCUGCAGAGGAACCUCAAGAAAUUCCGCAGGUGGCAGUGCGAGCAGGUGCGGGCCCUGCGUGGUGAGGCCAAGAGCUCCUGGAAGCGGCUGGUGGGGGUAGAAAGCGCCUGCAACGUGGACUGCCGCUUCAAGCUCAGCUCCCACAAGAUGAUGUUCAUUGUCAACUCCGAGGACUACAUGUACCGCCGGGGGACCCUUUGCCGAGCCAAACAGGUCCAGCCCCUGGUCCUGCUGCGGCACCACCAGCACUUUGAGGAAUGGCAUGGCCGCUGGCUGGAGGACAACGUGACCGUGGAGGCAGCUGGCCUGGUGCAGGACUGGCUGAUGGGCGAAGAGGAUGAGGACAUGGUGCCCUGCAAGACACUCUGCGAGACGGCCCAUGUGCAUGGCCUGCCUGUGACCCGCUACCGCGUGCAGUACAGCCGCCGCCCUGCCUCCCCCUGAUGCACCUGAGCAGCCAUCACUACACACAGUUUGGUGUGGUUGCUUCCUCAGGCCUGGGUGUCCGUCGAGACCAUUUUCCUGAACCACCCGAGGGAAGGAGAGCGUCCCCCAGCCUUGCUGCUACAGGCUGCCCCUCCAGAGAAGGUUGUGUCAGCUUGCGGCCCCACGCUGCCAUCACUCUCAGCUCCCCAGCCUCCUUUGGGCCAGUCCUGUGCCAAGCCUGAACCCCCUGCACUUGAACUUGGGGCUCAGUUCACACACCUGCCAGGCACUUACACCACCUGUGCCAAAUCUCUGGGCAGGGCUGCGCUGGUCGUUUUGUGCACAGGGCAUCUGGGAAAGUCAGUGACAAGCCAUGUGAGGGCACACGUUUGGGAAGGGCUCCCAGCAUAAAAGGAGUUGGGCAAUGCCCAGAUCUGACAGUGUGGGCAUCAGCUUGGCCAAGCACCAGUGCUCAGAGCCUCGUUAUUUUAUAAGCAGGAAGAGCCCUUUUAGCCAAACUGUGAGGUGUGGUGUGGGCAGGAGCAUCAGAAUGGCCCAGAAGACCCCACUCUGGAAAAAGGACCGCCAAACCCUGCAUUGAUCCAGCAGCCGGACUCUGGGUCUGUGGGGGACAGGGCUCGGCCCCACACCCACCCAGCGAGUGGCCCAUGUGGGAGGGCUCCAGGGCGGAUCGUGUACCAAGAUGGACACUAGAAUGACAGGUGCACACACUUAUUUAUUCCUUUACGCUCUCUGUUGGCAACUUUUCCAACAACCACGUCCCAAGGCUUGUAGGGAGUGAGAGCCUCUGCAUUCCCACCCGACACCGCUGUCCUGCAGCUGCCACCUGGCGUGUGUGUGAGGGGCUGGGGCGACUGUUCCGUGGAGGCGUCCACGGCUUUCUGGGCCAAGAUUGCCAGGCAGUUCGGGCUGCGGACGAGCUCCUUCAAACUCACUGCACACGAGAAGCCCGGGCAGCCCUGGCAACAUCAUACCGAGCGGGAUCCCUGACAGGUGGGCCCGAAGCGGUCCCCGUGCAGCCUCUGCCACCGCAGCCCUCGCCCUCCUGCUGAGCUGUGCCAAGCCCACGGUUCCCGCCAGUGGAGGCGUGCGUCUAGAAGUUGCCUGUGGAACUCAAGGUUUGUGACGCCUCUGACGGUGGGCCAAGGCUUACUUCUCCCUCCUGGGGUCUCCCUGCCCUGUUUCCUCAAGUGUAACCCAGGCACUUUGAACCCUUGUUUUGUAAGAAGGGAACUUACCAGAACUCCUGCACCAGCCCCGUGAGGCAGCCCCUCUGUGCCUCAGCGGGGGCCUGGGGUGUUUGCCAAACCCCUGAUCCCCUACCCUGCAUGCUUCUAAGGAGCUCUCUCAUUUUUGAAGAAUUUCUCUCCUGGGGCUUGAACUUCUUUUGCAGCUGUUUUGAAUGUAGUUUCCUUUUCUAUUUAUUUGCACAUUAAAGUGAACAAUUAAAUAUUGA